AAUUCCUAUUUUACAGAACUGUGAAAUUCGAAGACAAACACACACUGGUAUACAAGAGAAGGUUGCCUUGGUUACGGGCUCAAGUGAUAAAGUUGGCAUAGGAUUGGCAAUUGCUAAAAAUCUUGCACAGCGUGGAUGUAGUAUAGUGUUACAUGGCAGCAGAGACGCUGACAAAGUCGAGGAUAUACGGGAGGACCUACAGAGUCAAUACGAGGUACCUGUUCAUUAUUUCCGUGCUGACUUUGACAAAAUGAAUGAAGUAGAAGGACUCUAUAAUAUGAUUGAAGAUAUCUACUCAGAUGGUAUUGAUAUCCUUUUUAAUAAUGCUGGAAUUGUUCAAAAUGAAUCUGUCGAUGAAACUGGAAUUGAAAUGUGGGAGAAAACAUUACGUGUUAAUUUGACAUCAGCGUUUUACCUGACCAAUUUAUCACUGCCAGGAAUGAAAAGAAAAGGCUGGGGCAGGGUUGUAAAUAUAAGUUCUGGUUUGGGAAUAAAAGCAAUGCCUGAUAUGUGUGGCCAGGUUACUAGUAAACAUGGUAUGAAUGGUUUAACCAAGACCGUUGCACUCGAAACAUCAGGCACAGGAAUCACGUGUAAUGCUAUUUGUCCAGCCUUAGCUAUGACUGAAGCUUUGGCAUCUUCCAUCAGAAGUCUGGUGGAAAAAACUGGGAUGCCGUUUGAAGAAAUUAAGAAUUCAUUGGUAACUUCUGUCAAUCCUUCUGGAAAAUUACUGGACAUCAAUAAGAUUGGUGAAGUUGCAGCCUUUCUGUGUUCUUCAUCUGCUAAUGAAAUUACAGGAGUUAUUUUACCUGUAGACUGGGGUUACGCAGCGAAAUAA